AUGGCCUACAACAGCCCAUACGGCGGCGGGGGAGGACCCGGUGGUCCACAACGCCCCCCGCCGCAGCGACAUUACCCCGGAGGACCACAACAGCAGCCACAGCAGCAGUACGACCAAUACCAAGACGACGGGUAUGGCAACGGCCACGGGUACGACGAAUACGCGGGUGGGGGUGGAGGUGGAGGUGGGUACGAUCAGGGUUAUGAUCAGGGGGGGUAUGGCGGGCAGCAGUAUGACGACGGCGGUUAUGGCCAACAGGAUUAUUAUGAGCCUGGGCCUGGGGGGCCGGGGCCGCAUGGUAGAGGAGGUGGUGGUGGGGGACGGCCAAUGCCUGGUGGUGGACGUGGGGGUCCAAUGAGGCCUCCGCCUGGAAGGGGAGGUUAUCCGCCUCGUGGUGGUGGUGGUGGUGGCAACUUUGGUCCUGGUCCUGGUCCUGGUGGUCGAGGGUAUCCCCCACCUAGUCGUGGCGGACGUCCCGGCCCCGGAGGACAUCCGGACCACGAACGGCAGAUGGUGGCGCAGAUGGAGGGUAUGGAUAUAUCAGGGGGGCAGCGCCCGGGACCGAGAGGACCGCCUCAGCAGCGCGUAGGGCCGAUGCGACCUCCACAGAACGGCUACGGGGGACCUGGGCCGACGGGUCCGCCUCGUGGUCCGCCGCAGCCUUAUCGUCCGGGGGCAGAGUAUCCCGACCAGCGACGCGGACCUCCUGGACCUCCGGCCGGACAGGGCCCUGGGUACGGACCGCCGGAAGAGAACUUUGGACCGCCGAGUCGGAGCAUGACCAUGCCGAAUAGGGAUCAGAUGGACUUUCAGCAUCCGGGAGGUCCGGUCAGACGGGAUAGUGCGCCGUAUCAUGGUCCGAUCAACCCUCGCGGUGCGCCGCAGAGACCGAGCACGGCGCAGGGCAUGCGACAGCCGCCGCCGAGGAUCUUUCCCCCGGGUGGUAACGGUGGUGGGCCGCAGGGGGGGUAUCGGGAGCCGCCGCAGAGGAACAAUGGGCCUGAUUCGGGGUACGGUCAGGAACGGCCGGCUUCUAUUGACGAGUUUUAUGAUUAUUAUGAUGGCGACGACGGGAAUGGUGGAUAUCCUGGACAACAGAACGGACAUCCUCCGUCGGGUGCGUCUGAGCUUCCCGAUUUCGACUCCAUGUCCUCGCAGCAACAGCAGCAGCAGCAGCAGCAGCAGCCGAGGAACUCGUUUGACCAGCACAUGCAACCCGGCGGUCCUCAAGAACAGUCCCAGCGUGGCCCCGGCCGGUACCCCGAGGUCAGCCGCGCCAAGUCCCAACCUGACCUGCGCAACUCCCAGACCGCCGUCUUCGAAAUGGCCGCCGAUGUCCCACCAUUGCCUACUGCGCACCAACAACCAGGCGGCCCGCACCCGUAUCAGGGUCAACAACGCCCCUCGCCAGGCCCAGGCGGCUUACCCCCGGGACCGGCGCCGUACCGUCCAGGCAUGCAGGUUUCGCCCCAACCCGGGCCGAGCCCGGACAAUCUCCCCUCGCAUCCGACGCCUGUACGUCCUGGGCACAUGCCCGGCUCCAUGGUCAACUUGACCGACCGCCCGCCCCCGGUUCGACACUACAGCGGCAGCACCAACACGUCUACACCCCCUAUGGGUGGCGGCUACCCGCAACAGGGAGGUGGAGGUGGUGGUCCGACGCCGAUGCAGCAGCAGCAACAACAACAACAACAGGUGGUUGCUACUGCGCCCGCGGCGGCUAAACCGGCCGAACCCCCUGUAACAGUCGAAGAGCUAGAGCACCUCCGCGCGGUGGUUAAGAACGACCCGUCCGACCAAGCAUCAGCCCUCAAGCUCGCCAAACGCCUCGUCGCAGCCUCCGACGCCCUGGUCCCCAACCUCCCCGACCCCAAAGCCCGCGCCCGCUCCCGCGACCGCUACCUCGCCGACGCCCACAAAAUCCUGCGCAAGCUCGAAAAAGCCAACAACCCCGACGCCAUGUUCUUCCUCGCCGACAGCCUCGGCCGCGGCCUCUUCGGCAGCGAACCCGACCACGCCCACGCCUUCUCCCUCUACCAAUCCGCCGCCAAACUCGGCCACGCCGCCGCCGCCUACCGCACCGCCGUCUGCUGCGAAAUCGGCAACGACGAAGGCGGCGGCACCCGCAAGGACCCGCUCAAAGCCAUCCAAUGGUACAAACGCGCCGCCACCCUCGGCGAUACCCCCGCCAUGUACAAAGUCGGCAUGAUCCUCAUCAAGGGCCUCCUCGGCCAGCCCCGCAACCCCCGCGAGGCCAUCAGCUGGCUCAAACGCGCCGCCGAACGCGCCACCGCCGAUAACCCCCACGCGCUCCACGAACUAGCCCUCUUAUACGAAAGCGCCGAGCCCAACGACGUUAUCCUCCGCGACGAAGCCUACGCCUGCCAGCUCUUCCAGCAAGCCGCCGAGCUCGGCUACAAAUUCAGCCAGUUCCGUCUCGGGUGUGCACACGAAUACGGCCUGUUGGGAUGCCCGAUCGACCCGAGGCUGUCCAUCAUGUGGUACAGUCGGGCCGCGAUCCAGGAAGAGCACCAGAGCGAGCUGGCGCUGUCGGGCUGGUACCUGACGGGCAGCGAGGGGGUGUUGCAGCAGAGCGAUACGGAGGCGUAUUUGUGGGCGCGGAAGGCGGCGAUGGCUGGGCUGAGUAAGGCGGAGUAUGCGAUGGGGUAUUUUACGGAGGUGGGGAUUGGCGUGCCGGCGAAUUUGGAGGAUGCUAAGAGGUGGUAUUGGAGGGCUGCUGCCCAGGACUUCCCCAAAGCGAGAGAGCGCCUCGAGGAUCUCAAACGCUCCGGUAAAAGUGGCCCGCGCGCGAGAGAGAGGAUAUCCAGAAGCAAGAUUGGCAAGCAGCAGGAGGGCGAGUGCUCUGUCAUGUGA